UGGCACUGUCUUCAAAUGUCUAUAAAGCUCAGGGACAGCCUGCUCCUUUGUUAUUGCAAUAUAGCGCAAAAGACUCCUAAUACGUGUUCUUUCUUCCUAUCCACCUUCUAUGGAAGAUUCUCACAACGCAACCACCACCGCCAUCGCCUGUGAUCUCUACGGUCAUUGUCAAAUCUCCGAUCAAAUUCCUCGUGAAAUACCGAAACCCGACGUCCAUAUUAUCACCUCCGGUGGCCAACGCAUUCCGGCUCACCGUGUUAUACUGGCCUCCGUAUCGCCAGUAUUGGGGAAUAUCAUUGAUAGGCCACGCAAGCAUCGCAGCUCAGAGAGAAUUAUCCCCAUCCUCGGCGUCCCUUGCGACGCUGUUGUGGCGUUAGUUCGAUUCAUCUACUCUUCAAGGUGCAAUGAAGACGAGUUGGCGAAGUUUGGGAUCCAUCUACUGGCAUUAUCCCACGUUUACCUGGUCCCGCAUCUGAAACAGAGAUGCGCCAGGGCUGUGGGUCAACAGUUAACGAUUGAGAAUGUGGUAGACGUGCUUCAAUUGGCAAGGCUCUGCGAUGCACCGGAUCUUUACCUCAAAUGCAUGAAGUUUGUCUCUAGCCAUUUCAAGGCUGUAGAGAAGACUGAAGGCUGGAAGUUCAUGCAAAAUCACGACCCCUAUCUGGAGCUCGAGAUUCUUCAAUUCAUUGAUGAAGCUGAAUCGAGGAAGAAGAGAACGAGGAGGCACAGGGAAGAGCAGUGUCUUUACAUGGAGCUGAGUGUGGCGAUGGACUGCCUAGAGCACAUAUGCUCCGAAGGGUGCACAAGCGUUGGGCCGUAUGACGUGCAGCCCAACAAGAAGAGAGGCCCAUGUAGCAAGUUCUCCACAUGUCAAGGUCUCCAGCAUCUGAUCAAGCACUUCCUCGCGUGUACGAAUCGGGUAAAUGGAGGGUGCUCCCGUUGCAAGAGGAUGUGGCAGCUACUGAGACUUCACUCUUCCAUGUGUGAGCAGCUCGAUUCUUGCAAAGUUCCUCUGUGCAGGCAAUUCAAACUGAAAAUGCAACAAGAGAAGAAGGGCGACGAUGCGCUAUGGAGGCUACUAGUGAGGAAGGUAGUGUCGGCCAGAGUUAUGUCUUCUCUCAACCUGCCCAAGAGGAAAAAAGGAGCAACUGAGGGACUCAAUACGGUACCGUCGGAUUAGGAUCUCCAGAUUAUAAAUUUACAAACCAACAAGUAGCAAAGUGCAGUAAGAUUCAUUAUAAUGUUUGUUCUUUUUGUGGAUAAUUGUAAAAAUAAAAAAAAAGAAGCAUUUUGGUUUGUUCCUUUGCACUCAUUUUCCUUUUUAUUAAGAGUCUGUGAAGGAGUAGGCGAAAGUGUUAAUUAGAUGAUGAAGUUGAGUACAAUGAUGUAUAUGGAGGAAAAGGUAGUUGCUUGUAAUAUUAAAUUCUCUAAAUAAACUCAUAGUUUGGCCUGCA